GGCGCCUGCCUCGUACAGAGCAGAGGCUGCGACUGCAGCAGCGCGAGCGGCGCCCUGGUCCCGGCGCGCGCUCGCGGGCAUCACUCAGCGCCCCCCCCCCCGCACCGCGUCCGCCGCCUCGACUUUCUCUCUUCCCCCCGCUAGGCUCGGGGCGACGCCCGCGUGGAUGGGAUGGAAGCAGGACCCUCGGGAGCAGCAACCGCUGCAGGCACUUACCUGCCACCCCUGCAGCAGGUAUUUCAAGCUCCUCGCCGGCCCGGGAUAGGAACUGUCGGGAAGCCAAUCAAACUCUUAGCCAACUACUUUGAAGUAGACAUUCCCAAGAUUGACGUCUAUCACUAUGAAGUUGACAUCAAGCCAGACAAGUGCCCUCGCAGAGUCAACAGGGAGGUUGUGGAAUACAUGGUACAACACUUCAAACCUCAAAUUUUUGGAGAUCGGAAGCCGGUGUACGAUGGGAAAAAGAACAUCUAUACAGUCACUGCCCUGCCCAUUGGCAAUGAAAGGGUUGACUUUGAGGUGACAAUUCCAGGGGAAGGCAAAGACAGGAUAUUCAAGGUUUCAAUCAAGUGGAUGGCCAUUGUGAGCUGGCGGAUGCUUCACGAGGCCCUGGUGAGCGGACAGAUUCCUGUUCCGCUGGAAUCUGUCCAAGCCCUUGAUGUUGCCAUGAGGCACCUGGCCUCCAUGAGGUACACGCCAGUGGGCCGUUCCUUCUUCUCUCCCCCUGAAGGAUACUAUCACCCGCUGGGAGGUGGUCGGGAGGUCUGGUUUGGGUUCCACCAGUCUGUUAGGCCCGCUAUGUGGAAGAUGAUGCUGAAUAUUGAUGUAUCAGCGACAGCCUUCUACAAGGCCCAGCCCGUGAUUGAGUUCAUGUGUGAGGUGCUCGACAUCCGGAACAUUGAUGAGCAGCCGAAGCCCCUGACUGAUUCUCAGAGAGUCCGUUUCACCAAGGAGAUCAAAGGUUUGAAAGUGGAGGUGACUCACUGUGGGCAGAUGAAGAGGAAAUACCGUGUGUGUAAUGUUACUCGGAGGCCGGCUAGCCACCAAACGUUCCCUCUCCAGCUGGAGAGCGGUCAGACGGUGGAGUGCACAGUAGCGCAGUACUUCAAGCAGAAAUACAACCUCCAGCUCAAGUACCCCCACUUGCCGUGUCUUCAAGUCGGCCAAGAGCAGAAGCACACAUAUCUACCUCUGGAGGUAUGUAACAUUGUGGCUGGCCAGCGGUGCAUUAAGAAACUAACGGACAAUCAGACCUCCACCAUGAUCAAAGCAACAGCAAGGUCUGCCCCGGAUAGGCAAGAGGAGAUUAGCCGGCUGAUGAAGAACGCCAGUUAUAACCUGGACCCAUACAUACAGGAGUUUGGCAUAAAGGUGAAGGAUGACAUGACUGAAGUGACUGGGCGUGUCCUGCCAGCCCCAAUUUUACAGUAUGGAGGACGGAACCGUGCCAUCGCCACACCCAACCAGGGGGUAUGGGACAUGAGGGGGAAGCAGUUCUACAAUGGCAUUGAGAUCAAAGUCUGGGCCAUAGCCUGUUUCGCCCCCCAGAAGCAAUGCAGGGAAGAAGUUCUGAAGAACUUUACAGACCAGCUGCGCAAGAUCUCCAAGGAUGCAGGGAUGCCAAUCCAGGGCCAGCCAUGUUUCUGCAAAUAUGCACAAGGUGCAGACAGUGUGGAGCCCAUGUUCCGUCACCUUAAGAACACCUAUUCGGGGCUCCAGCUUAUCAUAGUCAUCCUGCCAGGGAAGACGCCGGUGUAUGCGGAGGUAAAGCGUGUGGGGGACACGCUCCUGGGGAUGGCUACCCAGUGCGUGCAGGUCAAGAAUGUUGUGAAGACAUCGCCACAGACUCUUUCCAACCUCUGCCUCAAGAUCAAUGUCAAGCUCGGCGGGAUCAACAACAUCCUGGUGCCUCACCAGCGGUCUGCUGUCUUUCAGCAGCCAGUCAUAUUCCUUGGAGCUGAUGUGACUCAUCCCCCAGCAGGUGAUGGAAAGAAGCCUUCUAUAACAGCUGUGGUGGGCAGUAUGGAUGCCCACCCAAGCCGUUACUGUGCCACCGUGCGGGUUCAGCGGCCCCGGCAGGAGAUCAUAGAGGACCUGUCGUACAUGGUGAGAGAGCUCCUCAUCCAGUUUUACAAGUCCACUCGCUUCAAACCCACCCGCAUAAUCUUCUACCGUGAUGGAGUGCCGGAGGGACAGCUUCCACAGAUCCUUCAUUAUGAGCUCCUGGCCAUCCGUGACGCCUGCAUCAAAUUGGAGAAGGACUACCAGCCAGGCAUUACUUACAUUGUUGUGCAGAAACGACACCACACUCGCCUCUUCUGUGCAGAUAAGAAUGAGAGGAUCGGUAAAAGUGGGAACAUUCCAGCAGGAACAACAGUGGAUACAAACAUCACUCAUCCAUUUGAGUUUGACUUCUACCUGUGUAGUCAUGCUGGCAUUCAGGGUACAAGCAGACCUUCCCAUUAUUACGUUCUUUGGGAUGACAACCGGUUUACAGCGGAUGAGCUUCAGAUUCUCACCUACCAGCUUUGCCACACUUACGUACGCUGCACUCGCUCAGUCUCUAUCCCAGCACCAGCAUACUAUGCCCGCUUGGUGGCAUUUCGGGCGCGAUAUCACCUUGUGGACAAAGAGCAUGACAGCGGAGAAGGCAGUCACAUAUCUGGCCAGAGUAAUGGUCGAGACCCUCAGGCCCUCGCCAAGGCCGUACAAGUUCAUCAGGACACUUUACGUACCAUGUACUUUGCUUGAAAGUAUAACUUUUUUUACCUCACUCCAGAAAGCUUUCAGAUUUGUAGGAGCCAUAAUUUAAAAAGAGGAAGCAUUGGGAGCACCUUGCGGGCAUCCAAUGAGAAAUCACUGCAGGGCGCAGAUGGCGUUGGAGGCAGGAAACCAGCAUCCUCUGGAAUGAAUGCAGGAGAGCCACUUAACCGGAUGAACACACCUUUGUAGUCUUUGUUUUUCAGGCUUUCUAGUUACCUGACCAAACACACUAAGUAUUUAAACCAAGGAAGAGAUCUGACUUCCUGUUAAGAAAAAAAACAAAACGGUUUUCAUUAUUGGGAUGGAGGGGGGGGACACACACGCAAUAUUAGACUUUCUCGACUGUGAAAUAACUGUUUUGGUUCUCCAAUGCCAAAUCAAACGCUGGUAAGAUUUUUGUUGGUUAUUGUUUGGGAUGGGUGGGGGAAAUGGGAUUUGUAGAGCCUUAAAACAGAUGACUAGAUUUAUAAAAACUAAUAUUUUAGGAUACAAGAUGCUUUAAUUGGUGAAGAAAAAGAAAAAGCCAGUAGUUUAUAGAUUAAUUUUAACACUCUUACCCUUCCCUAUGAAGAAAUUUUCUCCCCUUUAUAUAUAAUAAUAAUAAUAAAUAAUAAUAAUUACGUAAGGCACCCCCAGCACUUACCACAAUGCCGAAAAGGAAACUUGUCUUCCGCCUGUUUAAAAGUGGGAUAGCUGCUGCCCUUUUAAUGCAACAGUCACAAACUCAACUGUGGGCGAGUGCCUUACUGCAAUGCUGCAAAAUGUUGAUGUUCGUUCACCUUUCAAAGGAAAAGCAAAGCAAACCAAGGAUACUCUUGUCUCGGUGGUGGUCCAAAAAAUCUCCAUCUUGAAGGUAUUAGGAGUUCUUUUUUUAACGUUCACAAAGCUUUCAGUUUCAUGUUAGCCUCACAGCCUCACGAUGGGUUAAAAUUCUGUGCACUUUUAACAUGACAUAUGAAUUUGGAGAGCUGCUGAUAAAACCUGUUUUUGUUCUUUUGUUUUUAUUUGAUGUUGAUUUUAUUGUUCCUGAUGUAUUUCUUGAGUGGAUUCUUUUUUUUAAAAAAAAAUUUAAUUUAAAAACUACAUUUCUAACAAACGGGGUUUUGCAAGAGGAAGAAUGUUUUUGCCUGCCCCAUGAGCACAAACGAGAAACUCCAUUAUCAAUUGAUGUCCUGACUUUUUUUUUAUAUGCCGAUGAAAUUUUUUAUUACCAAGUGUUAUUUUUAUACGGUGCCAAGUUUUAUUGCCAAAACUUACUCAAAUCACUUAUAUAUUCUCAGCGUUUACAUCACAAUAUUCCCCCAGCAGCCCCCUCAUACUUUGGAGUUUUCCUAUAGCUUAUGUGGUGGGUUGCGUUAUGAGAUUUUUGUUUGCUUUGGCAGCAUGUGUACUAAAAUGCAAGUGAUAGAGAUUAGCGAGAGGCUGGCUGCUUUUCCAUUAAUCGAGGUGCAAUCCACAAAGUCUUUAUUUUUCUUUCCUAAAGUUUCAUUCUAUUUUUCCUUUAUAGUUUUAGAAUAGUUUUAGGUCCAGCAUGUUCUCAAAACUGCCCUGAUGGUUUCUGCUGCUUUUAAUUAUUGCCAUCCUCAUGCAAAUAAACAAAACCCCACUUGGCUUUUCCUUGGAUCAGAACAACAACAUGCACUUUGCUAUCUAUGUAGACAUAGUUCCUAUUCACAAGACAAAUCUAUACUGUCCCACCAUGAUGUUGAAUUUCAAACGUCCUACAAGAAGCUACUUGUGCUUUCAAGGCUGGAGGUUCUCUGGCAUAUUCUGUUACGGACACAAUCUUGCCAUUUUAGUACAAAAGCAGGCAUGUGGUGAGAGAAGGAAAUGUCACCUAUCCUCAAGCCACAUUGCCUCUUCAGAUUAUUACCUUAAACUGCCAAAACCAUUUUUUUAAAAAGGAAGGUUGAACCUGUGCAGCUAUGCCACUCUCUUUGUAGGCACACCCUGUUAAAGCAUAUGCUUUGCAGCUUGUGAGGCAAUACUGAUUUUACCACUCAAGCUUUGAGUGUCAAGUCAGGUAUCCCAUCCUUUUUAUUUUCACUCCUCCAUCCCAUCCCCUUCUCUCUCUCCAAAUGCUAUUUUUGGGGCAGAAUGUUAACCCAUCAAAAUGCUAUGCAAAAAAACAACAACAA